AUGUCUGGGGAGGCCGCAAAAGGCGACUUUGAGGCAUCAGCUUUGCCUACCUCCAGCUCGGGCACCGAUGAACAUUCGAUAGGCUCAGCCAGACAUGAAAUUGAACUGGAAGAUUAUCAUUCACGGUCGCAUACCUCCAGCAUCAUGGAUCAUGACGAAGAGAAAAAUGUGCCCGAGCCCGAGCCCUUACAGCGCGCAUCAACAGAGCUUGGUCCUGCUGUCACAGUUCCACGGCUGAAGCGCAGAGGUUUACUCGGCCAAUUCGCCCUGGUGGCUGAAAUUGAGAACCCGAAAACAUACCCGCGAAGGAUGAAAUGGUUCAUCACUUUUAUAGUCGCAGUAGCGGGAGCCGCUGCGCCUUUGGGUAGCUCGAUUUUCUUCCCCUCGCUCUCCCAGGUAGCCAAAGAGCUGAACACGACCGCUACCAUCACGAACUUGUCGAUCGCUCUAUACAUGCUGAGUAUGGCGAUCUUUCCUCUGUGGUGGUCCUCAUUUAGUGAAAGACUGGGACGACGCACCAUCUAUCUUACUUCUUUCGCGCUCUUCGUGCUGUUCAAUUGCCUCUGUGCCAUCUCCGAUUCGAUUGCUAUGCUGAUCGUGAUGCGAAUGCUCAGCGGUGGCGCUUCCGCCUCGGUUCAAGCUGUCGGGGCUGGAACUAUCGCGGACCUUUGGGAGGUUCGGGAAAGAGGGCGUGCAAUGGGUAUCUUCUACCUCGGCCCACUAUGUGGGCCGUUGCUGGCACCCAUCAUUGGUGGUGUUCUGGCUCAACGCUGGGGAUGGCGCAGUACCAUGUGGUUCUCCGCAGCCUAUGGUGCGGUUACUCUCAUAUUUGUCCUUGUUUCUCUGCCAGAAACCUUGGUUUUGGAGAAGCCAGUGCUUCCCCCAGUUGAUGAUGACGAUGAUGCCCCGGCGACUCGCGCUCUCAGUCGAGUGUCGACUCAACAGAUGGCGAAAACCACGACAAAAUGGCUCAAGACGCUCAAAGUAGUCUUCAUUGACCCGUUGAAGAUCAUUCUUUACCUGCAGUACAUCCCGGUCCUUCUAUCCGUAUACUAUGCCAGCAUUGCCUUCGGCUCGCUCUAUGUUCUGAACGUCAGCGUCGAAAACUCGUUUGGACGGGCACCCUAUAAUUACAAGACAAUCAUCGUAGGCUUGCUCUACAUUCCCAACUCGCUGGGCUACUUUGUGUCCAGUCUCGUCGGUGGGCGAUGGAUGGACAGCAUCAUGCAGCGCGAGGCGAAGAAGGCGAACCGAUACGAUGAAAAAGGCAGGCUGGUGUUCCGACCAGAAGAUCGAAUGCGUGAAAAUGCUUGGCUCGGUGCCAUCCUGUACCCUGCUGCUCUUAUCUGGUAUGGCUGGACCGUCGAGAAGGGUGUGUUCUGGCUGGUACCGAUGAUCGCCAACUUCUUCUUCGGCGUCGGGUCAAUGUUAAUCUUCAGCAUGGUUACCACGAUGCUCACGGAAUUCAUGCCCAAAAAGUCCUCAGAGGGCGUGGCCCUGAACAACUUCGUGCGAAACAUCUUCUCCUGCGUAGGAUCCCUCGUCACGGCCCCGAUCAUCAGUGGUAUUGGCAACGGCUGGCUCUUCACCAUUCUUGGCUUGGUGGCUCUAGCCAGCAGCUCGGUCAUUGUCUUGAUGAGAGUAUACGGACCUCGCUGGCGUGUGAAGAUGGAUGCGCACAUGCGUUAA